AUGAGUUCCAAUGACAAUCAAAAUAUCUCAGUCGUCGAAGGUAUGAAAAAAAGUGGUAUGCCAUAUAUACGAUUAGGUAAUAGUGGUUUACAGGUUUCACGAAUUUGUUUGGGUAUGAUGACUUAUGGAUCAACAAAAUGGCGUGAAUGGGUACUUGAAGAACAAGAAGCACGUCCAUUUGUUAAACGAGCAUUAGAACUUGGAAUUAACUUUUUUGAUACAGCUGAUAUGUAUUCAUUGGGUGUAACUGAAGAAAUUACUGGUCGAGCUUUAAAUGAUAUGGCUAUUCGAGAAGAAAUCGUUGUAGCUACUAAAGUAUUCCAUCAAGUUGCUGAAGGUCCAAAUCGUAAAGGCCUUAGUCGUAAACAUAUUUUUGAAGCAUGUGAUGCUAGUUUAAAAAGAUUAAAUAUGGAUUAUAUUGAUCUUUAUCAAUUCAUCGUUUAG